AUGAGAAAGCUUAACAAGUUGGUACUAUUUUUUUAUGGGUACUUUCUGAUUACUAGGAUUGGGGUAUUCACACUGAGGAAACAAAAAAUUGAAGGGAAUAACAUAAGUUUAAGGGUUCAAGGAGAGUCAGAAAGCAUAGGAAAUAAUAAAGGGAGUAAGAAUGAGAUAAAAAAUGCAUGUAAAGAAAAGAGUAAGACAUAUGGAAAUGUUACUAAUGGUGGUGGAACAGGUGAACACACACAUGGAACGCAGAUAACUGAAGUUCAAGGGAAGGAAGAGAAAAAUGCAAAUGUGUAUAAAAAAAAUGAUGAAAAUUUACAAAACUUUGUUUCAACGAAGGAUUCAUACAUGGUAGAAAAUGAGAAAAGAGAUAACGAAAUUUUGAGCGAUGUGGUAAUCCCAGAAGAUGCAUUCCAAAGUGCAAAAUCUUUGUGUGAAUAUGUCGUUAUCAAGAGUGAUUAUUUUAAAACAUUUUGCAAAAUGACUCCUUUGUUUAAAGAAAUACAACAAUUGAAAAAGAAAGAUCCACAUUUAUAUGCACAGAUAUCAGGUGAGUCUUAUGAAAAUGAUGAUACAUCAAAUUUCCAAGUAUUGAAAGAUGAUGGAGAUAAAAAAAUAGUAAUGGAAGCGGAUAGACACAAUCCCAAAAUAUCUAUUUUUUUUUUAUUUCAAAAAAUGUGCGUUGGUGGAAUUCCUUUAGCAUGUACCAAUAUACUUAAGAUAGACAAUGUCUUUGACGUUAAUCAAAAUGUGCAGCAAAAUGAAAAUGAUAUUCAAAAGAUGGAUAUGCAAGAAAUGGAGAAUGAAAUAACCGACACUUCGAACGAGAGAACGGGAAAUUUCGAGAAUGUUGCGGAUUUGACAGAGGAGGGAAGUUAG